AUGUCGGCAGCCGUGAUCGGACAGCUGUUGUCGGCAUGCGCCGGUGCUUACUCGGCGGCUUCGUCGGCUGUCUGGUGGGCCGCGUCCUUGCCGCCGACGUGCAGGGAAAGCAUGGCUCACGCAGCCCUUACUUGCAGCGGAGCGACGCCCCGGUACUUCACCCCGGGCUUUGGGCCUCUUGCUCUCGGGUGGGGUUGGCUGGUCGUGGGCGUGCUCAUCGGCCUUCUUUCCCGGCGAGCUGUGAGUGCGGUCGUCGCGCUAGCGGGCGGUCGCCCAUCGCCACACACCCCGUCAAACUGGGAGGCCCUGAUGUGCGAGCUCGCGGCCCGCACCCAGGACCCGCACCGGCACGAGGUGUUGCAGUACAUACUGCAAGGCGGCGAGACGGCGUUGGACGAACUCUCGCAGGCAUCAGGUCGCACGUCCUGCGCACGUCGGCCUCUUUGCUGGCUCACCUUCUCGCCGACGAUGCGGUCGCCGAUGGUGCGGCCCAGCGACCCGCGAGUUGGGGAAGCUGCCCACCCGGGCCCGCCAUGCGGCGCUGCCGUUGCGCAACGCCGAGAACGAGCCAUGCAUGCGCUUGCCCAAAUGCAGUUGCUCCCCAGUACCCGCCCGGCCGCACUGCGCGACCGCCAAGCGGACCUCGAUGCUGCCGAGACCCUGUCGGACUUGUUGAGCACGAUCACCCCUUUCGCGUCACCACGUGGAGAGGCUCCAGAUGCGCUCACGGGCGCGAUGGCACCAGACGCAGCAGGAGAGGCGACACGGGGCUUCACGCCGCCAUCAACACCGUCGGUGACGGAUCAGGGCGGAGCAUGCACCGGCUACGAUGCUCGGCAGGUCGUGCCUCCUGCCAGCGGCGUCGCGCCACUACCAUGGCAGGAUGCUCGCCCGCCGAGCUCAGCGCCCGGCGAGCGCAGUUCCUGGCUGUCAUGCACUCGAGCACCAGGCGAGACGUGUUCGUGGCUGUUCGUACCACUGCUCCACGCCGGUGCCGGCGCAAUGACACCGGCAGCUACGCAGGCUUGGCAAUCCCACCCCCGCAUCGGCACGCGCUUCGCUGAGCUGGCGGGAGCGUUACGGAGAGCGGCCCCCGCACUGCCAUCCACCAUCCUCCGUUUCUUGCACGCCGAGCUAGCCUGCAUCGACCGCGACCCGGCUCACGGAGCGGCCGCGGCCGACGUUGCGUCGGCUGAAGCGCUGACCGCUAUGCCGCAUAUGCCGCCGGCGCGGGUGUCCGUUCCCUUUGCCUUCCGCUCUCCCUUUGCCCGAGACUCCUAUGACCAUGGGGUCAGGAACACUUUGCCGUGCUUCUGGAUUUCCUCACCUGCAAAGAUGUCCACGGAUCAUGCCAUGCUGCUACAGCUGCACAGCACGCCAGGCACUGCGGGCGUCAACCUCGAGAAGACGAGCUGA